AACCCUAAAUAAACCCUAGUUCUCCAUGGAAGUAGAAGAGUGAUGCUUCCUCCGUCUCUCAACCUCCAACUCCACCGCCAUCCAUGGCGUCCCCCAUCGAUCCUGGCCCCUAACUCUCAGCUAUGCUACUGCGCCUCCUCCUCCGCCGCUUUCCCCGUCACCAUUGCCGGACCUCUAGCUUCCCGUUGCUUAUCUUUUUCUCCACCGAUUCCCGCUCUUGCUUAUCAGAACCAAUCUCCUCCCUCAUCGCCCAGCGCCGCUGGUCUGACCCCCGCCUCACUGAGCUUCUCUCCUCCGGCUACUCUCCGAUCAGGGUUUCUACGGUCCUGACCGACCUAAGAGACGACCCUCGCUCUGUCUUCUUGUUCUUCAUCUGGGCGGGAAAGCAACCGGGGUUCAAGCACACUGUGGAGUCUCACUGCAUCGUUGCUCAUAUCCUUUUCAUGGGUAGGAUGUAUUCACAAUCCCAGCAAGUGCUUAAAGACCUUGUCAUGUCUCAGCGCGCAUUGCCUGAUUUCAGCACUCUCUUUGAUGGCUUGAAGUCGGCUGCGAAGGUUUGUGGGAAUACCCGGCAUGGGGUUUUUGAUUCCCUUUUUGGUGUCUUGAUGGACUUGGGAUUGCUUGAGGAGGCUAAUGAGAUGUUUUAUAGGAUGAGAGGGUUCAGGAUUUUUCCCAAGAUUCGAUCUUGCAAUGAGUUGCUUAGCAGGCUUGUGAAAUCCAGGAAGGGGGAGUUGGCAAAGAAGCUGUUUGAUGAUAUGCUUCUGAGUGAGCAUUUGAGACCUUCUGUGUUUACGUUUAAUAUAAUGAUUGGUUUCUUAUGCAAAGAGGGAAAUUUGAAGGUGGCCAUGGAGUUGUUUGCGAGGAUGAAGGAGAUGGGCUGUUUGCCAGAUUUGGUUACCUAUAAUACUCUGAUUGAUGGGCAUGGGAAGUAUGGGGACUUGGAUGAAGCUGAACGGCUACUUUCGGAGAUGAGGCAGGCAGGUUGUGAGCCAGAUGUGAUUACUUACAAUGCACUUGUUAAUAGUUUUUGCAAGUAUGAACAGCUGUGCAAGGCUUUUGCAUACUUUAGUGAGAUGAAGAGAAACGAUGUGAGGCCAAAUGUAGUUACUUUUAGUACAUUUAUUGAUGCUUUUUGCAAGAUGGGUAUGAUGCAGGCUGCGGUCAAGUUCUUUGUGGACAUGAGGAUUAGAGGGCUUUUGCCGAAUGAGUUCACAUAUACUUGUCUUAUUGAUGGGAAUUGCAAAGCAGGGAACCUGAAAGAAGCAUUGUUACUUGUUGAUGAAAUGGUGAGGGAGGGAGUGGAGCUGAAUGUGGUCACUUACACAGCCUUGGUGGAUGGACUUUGUGAAGCGGGAAAGAUUGUUGAUGCAGAAGAGGUUUUUCAUGCAAUGGGGAAGGCUGGAGUGGCUGCAAACCUGUUAAUUUACACUGCUCUCAUUCAUGGACACUUCAAGAAUAAAAACAUGGGAAGGGCAAUGGAUCUAGUAACUGAAAUUAAAGAAAAAGGCCUGAAAUUUGAUCUCUCAUUGUAUAGUACUGUAAUUUGGGGCCACUGCAGCCAAGGGAAGAUAGAUGACGCCAAAGUUUUGGUUGAUGAAAUGGUAGAGGCUGGCUUAGAGCCUAAUCAUGUUAUUUAUACAACUCUAAUAGAUGCCUAUUUUAAGGCUGGGAAAGCCUCAGAGGCUCUAAGCCUUCUUUACAAAAUGGUUGAUUCUGGCACUCCUCCAACAGUGGUUACAUAUUGUGCAUUAAUUGAUGGGUUAUGCAAAGAAGGUUCGGUUUGUGAAGCAAGCUUUCAUUUUGAUAAAAUGAGGGAGUUGGGAUUGCAACCUAACGUAUUGGCAUAUACGGCAAUUAUUGAUGGCUUGUGUAAAAACGAUUGCUUGGAUGACGCUAUGCAACUCUUUGAGGAAAUGCUUGGGAAGGGGAUGACACCAGAUAAUGUUGUCUACACAUCAUUGAUUGAUGGAAACCUGAAGCAGGGUAGAAUCUCUGAAGCUUUUGCUCUGAAGAACAAAAUGGAAGAAAAUGGUCUUGAGUUUGAUCUACAUGUUUAUACUUCUUUGAUAUGGGGUUUCUGUAAGAACAAGCAAAUGAGAGAAGCGAUGAAUUUGUUCACUGACAUGAUUAACAAUGGUAUUAUUCCUGAUGAUGCUGUUUAUAAUUGUUUGAUUAGCAAUUACAGCAAGCUGGGAAACAUAGAAGAGGCAUUGGAAUUGAAAAAUGAUAUGAAAAGAAGGGAUAUGAUUAGUGGGCAUUGUGCUGAAGUUUCUGCUCCAGGUGGUCCUACUUGACAGUUUUAAAGGAAUGCACACACAUUGCCAAUCCAUCAGUUUUUACUGUUGAAAUAGUAAUCUGGGUCUGUGAUGAUUUUAAGACAUGGUGUCUAAGCUUUGAAAGCUGCACCAAAAUUGUUUAGGUUUUGAUUCAUUCAAUGGAUGGGAUUAUCAUUUGCAGACUGGGGCAUGGAUUAUUUGUCAGUUCAGGAAGCCAAUUGGUGGCAUGGUCAUUAAACACAGAGCAAGCUAUUGCUUAUGUCCAUUAAAGACACCAACCGAAGAUAUUGAUCUCAAAAAGGUUGGCAUUAGUCAAAGUCAAUGUAUCAUAGCAAAGCCAAGUAUAACAUUGAGAGUAUGGCAAAAUGGUUUCUGUAGCACAUGUUGCUUGCACAUUCCAACCCUCUGGAAUAAACUCUCAUUCAGGAUCAUUACAGUGCAGUGAUCAUUAGAUUCUGAUUGAGCAAGCUUCUACAUUGCUGAAACAUGAAUCUCGAAUCUUCUCCACCAUGAUAAGUCAGUGAAAUCUAUAGGGUUGACCCUGGGCAACAACUAUGGGAAUCAACUUAAUCUUGUGGGAUUUCGAGAAGCUGCUCAAUUUAUAUGGUUGACCCUAUGUGACGACUUCGGGAAUCUGCUCAAACUUGUGGGGUUUUGCCGCAUAAGGAAUGGAACAAUAUCCUAACCAACAACACGAAUUUGUCCGUGUUGAUGUUGUGCAAUAUCUUUGGCAUUGGCAUAUAUGGAGUUUAUUGAGUUUAUUGCAACGGCUACAGCCUUGACAAAAUUUGUUUAUUUUAAGGUUGCAAUACCUGGACGUGAUCUUUAUAAAUGAUAUUACAGGUAUCAUACCCCUAAUAAUUCAUGUAUUCCUUGAGCAAGAUUAGAACAAAUAAAUUGGGUGUCAUUGAAGGUGUCAUCUUAAUUUUGAUCAAUGUGACACUGGGUGGGAGGUCAAAGGCCACCAAGGCUCCCUUUUACCCACAUGAUUAUUUGGAGAAUUACAGUCGCAUGUGAUAAUGAGUGCUCUCAGCUCGUUGUUGGACUAAAGGGCAUGUGCGCUUUGCAUUCCAUAGUAAAUUUCACAAACUCGAAGUUGUAUCUUGGUUUUUCUAUAAUUUCUGUUAAAAAAAACAGUGCCAUUUUUGUGUUUUGCUGAUAGGUUUGAUGUCAUGUAUGUUCCAUGACGGAGCUUCUCCGAUGUGACUUUUUGCUGUUAUCUGGUUGUCUGUCAACAUCCCGGUAGCGCAUGCGGUUGACUUGGCGUCAUGAAAAGCCAUCGCAAGUUGAUAUGCUUCUUCAUUACAAGUGAUCCGUCAGUGGGGUUUGGUUGGAUUGAAUAUAUAAUGAUAUUUUUUAAAUUGAU